AUGGAAAAGGACCACAAGGUACUGGAUCAGGACCUGGGGGAAAAGACUCUGGUGGGAACAACGGAAUGGGACCUCAGGGACCUGGGUCAAGUCCCGAUGGAAAAGGGCCAGGGUCCGGACCUGGGAGCAAUGAAUCUGGCGGACCCGGGUCUAGUCCUGGAGGAAAAGGACAAGGCGGAAAUAAAGGAAAAGGACCCAAAGGACCGGGAUCUGUACCCGGAGGAAAUCAUGGAAAAGGACCAAAAGGGCCCGGGUCAAGUAAUGGAGGAAAAGGACCAGGAAAGGGACCUCAAGGACCUGGGUCUAGUCCUGGAGGAACAGCACCAGGUAAGGGACCACAAGGACCCGGGUCUACUCCGGAAGAAAAAGGUGCAGGUGGAAACAAUGGAAAAGGACCACAAGGACCUCAAGGUACGGAAGGACCUGGGACCUGGUGGGAACAGGAAUGGGACCCUGGUCAACCUGGGUCAAGUCCUGGUGGAAAAGGGCCAGGGUCCGGACCUGGGAGCAAUGAAUCUGGUGGUAACAACGGAAAGGGACCUCAAGGACCUGGUUCAGAACCAG